UAACCAGGAUGAAGGUGGGUAGGAAGGAGGAGGGUAAGCAAGAGUGAGUUGGCCUCUAUUAACCUGGCAGUAAACGGGACAUGUCUACUCUACUCCGGCAAACUUAAGAAGGAUAGGAUCUGCUACCAGAAUAUUAUGACCAUUGAUAUGAGAUGAUUGUGAUUGGCUGAGAGGACUUCUAUUGUCUGCCAAAUUAACCGAUCACAUAUCAGCGGCUUCUAGAAGUACAGGGAGAAGGAAACUCAAUCCCUCCUGUCAAGGCAGAAGAACAGACAGAAAGACUUCUCAAGGCUGAACGGUGACAUGAAGCUGUUCUUGGUCUUCUCCACCCUGCUGCCCCUGGUCAGCUCACAGGACAUGCCGUACGAGCACUUCCUGAAACAGCUUCAGGGGUGUCCGAAGGAGUGCCGCUGUCCUCCCAGCUUCCCCCGCGUUGUGUACUGUGACAACAGGAACCUGAAGCAGAUCCCCGAGAUCCCGCCCUACACCUGGUACCUCUAUCUCCAGAACAACCAGAUCGAGGCCCUGUCCGAGCAGGCCCUGCGGAACGCCACCGAGCUGAGGUGGCUCAACCUGAACCACAACAAGAUCACCGACCAGGGGAUGGAAGAGGGUGCGCUGAAGGCCCUUAGCAGCCUGAUCCACCUGCAGAUGGAGGAGAACCUGCUGACCACGAUCCCCAGCCCGCUGCCGACUUCCCUGGAGCAGCUCAGACUCUCCAGAAACAAGAUCUCCAAAAUACCCCCAGGGGUCUUCUCCGGGAUGGACCACCUGGCCCUGUUGGACCUACAGGGCAACAAGCUUGGGGAUGAGGCUGUCACCGAGCAGAAUUUGAAGGGUCUGGGUGGCCUAGUCCAAGUCAACCUGGCUAAGAACAACCUGAAGACGAUGCCUCUGGGCUUGCCGGCAAGCACUAUUCAGCUUUACCUGGACAGCAAUGACAUUGACAGCAUACCCCCCGAAUACUUCAAGGAUCUGCCCAAGAUGGCCUUCCUUCGACUCAACUUCAACAAGCUGGGUAACGGGGGCCUCCCCAAGAAUAUAUUUAACAUUUCCAGCAUUCUGGACCUGCAGUUGUCCCACAACCAGCUGACCGAGGUGCCUCUGUUCCCGUUGAGCCUUGAGCACCUCCAUCUGGACCACAACAAAAUCAAAAGUGUGAACGGAACCGAGAUCUGUCCCGUGCCCAUUGGCACAAUCGAUGAGAGUGUGAACGAGUGCAGGCCUCGACUAAGCUACCUCCGCCUCGAUGGAAACGAGAUCAAGCCCCCCAUCUCCAGGGAUCUGAUGGUCUGCUUUCGACUCCUUAGAGCCAUCGUCAUAUAACGUCCUCGUCACUUGCGCAUCGUGUCAUACAACAGCAUAGAUUGGACCAAAGCUACAUUUUCUCUCAAAUUUCUGAACAGAAGAUUACACAAAAUGUCAGAAAAUAAUUGUGUUUAUGUAAACAGUGACAUAAGAGUAUGAAGAGUAUGAAAUCAUUGUUUUUAAAUGUGGAUUCCAUUUGAAAUUUGUGGACAGCAUUACUGCUUAUUGACCACACAUUGUGCCUACUCAAGCCCCGUUCAUUUCAAAAUGCUCCAUGCUAUUAGAAUGCUGAGGAUGAUGUCAUGGAACAGGUUCUUUGCUAAUUUCAUUUGUAUUUCUCAGCAAGUACCAGUUAGACUAACGUAUUUAUUAUCACUGAAUUUGUACUCCCCGAGAAAAUUAGUACCGGUUAAACUAACAUAUUUAUUUGUGUACUAACGAAAGCAUUUAAAAUUGAUUACCGUUAUCUGAUAAAUAAAAUAUUUUUGGGUAAUUACUACCUUAUUCUUCUAGCUUUCCCCCAUUUUAUGGUUCCUCUGUAUGUAUUUUUUGUAUUUAUACAUAUGGAAGUCAUUUACACUUAAGUCCUGGAAAAUUCUCAGGCUGGGAUUCUUUCCAUUGACAUAAUUUAUUCUAUAUAAAUUGUCCUCUGUAUUUAAAAGCUGUCAGCUCAGUAACCUUUGAUUAAUGUUUUCAAAAAAUGUGAACUCUGUGCCUGCACAGAAAAGUGUAGUCGUUCAUAUAUUGCAUGGACAUUACAUUAUACUGUAACUGCUUUCGUGUAAAAUAAGAUGGCCAGUUUACCAAUGGCUUUCCUUUAAUGUUGCUAUUUUCGCACAUGCUACAAAAACAUUGCAAGGGUGUUAUGUGCCUGUGUCUGUGCCUGUGCCUGAAGACAAAAAUUUCUCAUAAGUGAUCAAACUUGCAGCCACCAUCUCAAGUAACCAGGCUGAGAGGGCAUUGUGUUUGAAGGGUUUGUGCUGUUUAUGUGUUUUAAUAUUUUUAUGUGUUGAUAAGACUUUAAAAAUGUUUUAAACUGGCUCAGCUAUAAUUUGCCAGUAGUAAACAUUCCAAAUGCAUUGAAUGCUUAAAAUGCUUUCUAAUGCUGCAACAAUAAAAAUGAUCAAACCUUU